CCCCGCCCGCCGGCUCGCCUCCCUCACGAGGCUGAAGCCGUAGGAUCUGUGUGUGUGUGUUGCGCGGCGGCUGGUGCUGGUGCUUCGCCUGGCCAGUGGAGGGGGCGAGGGGAGCGGGCGGCGGCUCGCCUGCCCCUGGCUGCCCGGUUCAGGCAGACGAUGGGAAUAAACCGGGAGAGCGGUCGCUUCUCCAGUGCAGAGAGGACUCCGGCUGCCUGUGCUGAGAUGAAGGGAAGGCAUCUCGCCUCGUCUGGGCAAGGUGGGAGAAGGACCUGUGGAUUCACAGAGCAAGUGUUUUUGAUGUGAAUGAAGCAUGCUCUGCCCUUCUGGGAUGGCUUAAGUAAUGUCCACCAAUACUGCAAUGGCAAUUGGGGCUCUCUCCAGAUCUCUUCUUGUGACUUGCUGCCUGAUGGUUGCUCUAUGUAGUUCAACUACACCUUUGCAGAAACUGACUAAGUCUCAAGACAAGCAGGUGAUAAAAACCAGCCAGGAGAAGAGGGACCAUACUUCAGCCCGGGAGAGUCAGAAUCAGACUGGACCAGGAAAAAUGAAUGAAAUCAGCAGAAGUGGGAGGGAGGAGGGCACCAGAGACUGGAAGAGCAAAGGCAACAGAAAUUAUUCUAAUAAAGAAUCUUGGACUAAGCAAAAACAAACUUUGAGUAGUCAGGGGACAAACAGUAAGUUUGGAAGCCUCCAAACCCAAAAUCAAAUGGAUGGUCUUCAUGAGAAUCUUCCAGCUGCUGAAGAUUCUUCUCUCUUGGAUGUUAUUGCUAGUACUACUCCUGAGCCUGCAGAGGAAUAUGCUUAUCCAGACUACCGUGGAAAAGGUUGCGUAGAUGAGAGUGGCUUUGUUUAUGCAAUUGGAGAGAAGUUUACACCAGGUCCCUCUGCAUGCCCUUGCCUCUGCACUGAAGAAGGGCCUCUGUGCAUCCAGCCAGAGUGCCCUAGACUUCAUCCUCGCUGUAUUCAUGUUGACACAAGUCAGUGUUGCCCACUGUGUAAAGAAAGGAAGAACUACUGUGAGUUUCGUGGAAAGAUCUACCAGACAUUGGAAGAAUUCAUGGUCUCACCUUGUGAGAAAUGCCGCUGUGAAGCCAAUGGGGAAGUAGUGUGCACGGUGUCUGCUUGUCCUCAAACUGACUGUGUGGACCCUGUAUAUGAACCAGAUCAGUGUUGUCCAAUCUGUAAAAAUGGCCCCAAUUGCUUUGCUGAGACGAUAGUCAUUCCAGCCGGUCGAGAAGUGAAGACUGAUGAAUGCACGAUAUGUCACUGUACUUACGAAGAAGUUACUUGGAGAAUUGAAAGACAAGCUAUGUGUACCAGACAUGAUUGCAAGCAAAUCUAGAUCUAGGACUCCAGUGAAUCAAGACAUUUUUUAUAAAAUAUUUCCCUGCACCAGAUAAUUUUUGAGAAAAUAUAAAUCAGCUUCAAAAACAAUUUUGCAAAGUAGCGUACAGCUAUUUUCUUUUUUCCACAGUAAAAAAAAAUAUAUUGUGAGUCAAAGGUUUGGACCUGAAGGUUCAUGCUGUAUUAAAUGAGUUAUAUUUCCAAGGUGAGUACUUUAAUGUCAACUCAAAGAUUAUAUUAUUUCUGUAAUACAAUCACAGAGUUUAAAAUAAAUGUUUUAUAUAGAUGAUAAAGAUUAAAAUUCUAUAAAGUUAUUGUCUUCUUGCUUAUCUGAUGGUGCCCUAAAAUAAAAAAUUUUGAUAGAAGCUAUUUUUAUGGUAUAACAGUACGUAUGGAAAUCUGAAAAUGAAGGACCUUUAGGACAGCGAUUAAUAAGCAUUUACAAGAGGUGCAAUGGUAACCAAUUCAAAGGAGGAUUUGUUGUACAUUGGUAAAAUGAGGAUGGUAUUAAAUGUUCUAAAUUCUGUGAGAGAAUAUUGACUACACCAGCAUGGAUGUACUGUGGGAAGAAUGGGAUUACUGUGACCUGCUUGAUAUCUUGGUUAAUUUUAUCUUCUGGUAUAAACAGGUUCAUUGCCUGUCACUAGUACUGAAAGACUAUAAUUUGUGAAUUUGCAAUGGCUAAACAUUUAAUGGGCAUGAAUAAAAAGCAUAAUUUGUGCUGUU